AUGAUAGAACCCUCUGAAGACUCAUUUGAGACGAUGAUGGAGCGUAAGAAUCCAUCAUCAAAACAAAUGGAGUCCUCCGAGGGCUCAUCCAACACCGCCAUGGAGGCAUCAGGCAGCGGCGCACAGGAGGCGGCAGGGCCGGCCAGUGGCCCUGCCCACGAAAUGAAAGAGCUGCCCAUUGAUCUCCGCCAAGACAUGGAGGAGCCAUCCAGUGGCCCACAUAGGGAAAUAAAGGAUCCACCCAAUGACCUACUCCAAGACCUGGAGGAGUCACGCAAUGGUUCACAUCAGGAAGCGGGGGGUCCAUCGAGCGAGACACCUGGCGGAAUGGAAGGGGCGUCAGACAACCCAUGGGGAGCCCAAGACGACGAAGGCGACGACACUGACCUGGCCGACACGAGCAAGGAGGAGGGUCUCGAGGAGGAUCCCGAGACGUCGGAGGUCAUGGCCACGACGCGGUCCAUCAUCUCUCUGCACCUCCGCAUGCAAGACCUCAGGGAGCAACAGAGAGUCGCAGAAGAGAUCUUGAUGAGAGGGUUCAAGGCCGGCCAGCUGCCCGCCCUGCCGCGCUUCUCGGGCGAUCGCCGAGAAUACCACGAGUUCAUCGUGCUCUGCCAGCUGAUCCUACAAAGCUACCCCAGAAUGUUCUGCAGCGACCGCCUGCGAGUGAGGUACGUCAUCGACCACCUCUCGGACAUGGCCUUAGAGUGGGCCACGGCGCUGGUGCAAGAGGGCAGCCCACUGAUGGACGACUUCCCGGCCUUCCUAGAGGCCAUGUCCAACAUGUUCGAGUACCGGCAGGCGCUGCGCGUGGCAGAAGACGCCAUGCUCAACAUCAGGCAGGGGACCCGCAGCGCCGCGGAGUACAUCGGUGAGUUCCAGGGCCUGGUCCCCACCUUGGGCUGGUCUGACGAGGUCCUGCAAGCGCACCUGUGCCAGGGCCUCAGCGAGGAGAUCAGGCACUAUCUGUUCCGCGUCCCCCAGCCGGACUCGCUCGACAGUCUGGUGGUGCUCGUCCUGCAGAUAGAAGAGAAGCUGGCGGAGAGGAGGGCGAUGCUCAGGCUGCCCCCGGAGGCCCGCCCGCGCCACCUGACCUGGCUCCACUCACCUGCGCCCGAGCGGUGGAUGGUGAGCAGCUGGCUGUCCCGCGACUGCCGCCCCCUCAUUAACCGUGACCACCUCUUCCUGCUGCUUCUCAUCAGAGUGAACCCUUACCACAGCGUGGCAGUGCAGGCCCUGGUGGACUCGGGCGCGGGCGGCAGCUACAUGGACGAGAAGUUCGCCCAGGAGCACUACGUCGAGCUGUACGAGAAGCCCUACCCGCAGGCGGUCCAGGGCGUGGACGGCUCGCUGAUUGGCAACCAGCCCGUCUGGCUGCGCAGCGAGGCGCUGGUGUGCAUGCACCAGAACCACCAGGAGUCCAUCGAGUUCGACGUGGUCCCGUCCCCCAACUUCCCCGUGAUUCUAGGCGUCAACUGGCUCAGGACCCACGCCCCGGAAGUCGACUGGGUCAAAGGCCGCUGCACCUUCCACUCUCCCUACUGCCUGCAGAAGUGCUUCCGCCCGCCCCCCCCAUGCAUUGCCCUGGAAAAGCAUGCCAUCAGCCUGCUGCCCGGACUGCCGCCCCUGUACUCCGACCUGGCCGACGUGUUUAACCCGAAGGAAGCAGAUGAUGAGACUUCCGACCAGCCAAGCUCAGACGGAUCCGAUGAUCUUUCUGAAUCAGAGCCCUCUGAGCUUCAGCAGGCUGGAGACAGUGAUCACAGCGAGACGUUUUUUGAGUGUCCCUCCAUGGCGACGUGGGAACCUAUACGUGCCGGGGUGCAAGAAAAUGCCAGGCCGCGGGAUGAACUCUGGAACGCAUGGGACAUGCUGGCCAACACACAGGACUACAUACAGAUGAUUCCGGAACUGUUUGACCAGUUACACGGAGCGACAUGGUUCACGAAGCUGGAGCUGCGGGGGACCGUCGUGGAGGAGACCUCGAGCAUGCGCCAAGCGGAAGAUGUAUGGAAAAUAGGGUUUGGUCUCGAGCGCCAAGAGAUGGAGAGCUACCAGCCCUUCCCGAUAUCCUCGGACCCCACCAUCCCUCAGAACGUGGUCCACUGCAUCCUGAAGGACAUGCUCGGCUACUUCGUGCUGUCCUACGGGCAGGACGUCCUGAUCUACUCAAUGAGUCAGGAGGAGCACAUCCAACACGUCCGACAAGUCCUGGUCCGAUUCCGACAUCACUACGUCUACUGCUCCCUGGACCGAAGCCAGUUCCACCGGCACACCGCCGAGUUCCUGGGCUUCGUCAUCACCCCCAAAGGGGUGAAACUCAACAAGAGCAUCGUGACCACCGUGACCGGCUACCCCACGCCCGGCUGUAAGAAGUCCCUGCAGCACCUGAUCCAGUUCAUCUUCCCCUACCGGCACUUUGUGGAGCGUUUCACCGGCAUCGCAGAGCCGCUGGUGCGGCAGCUGCUGAGCACCGAUGCCUUCUGCUGGGGGGACGAGGAGCAGGAGGCCUUCGACUGCCUGAAGCGGGCUUUCCGCAAGGCGCCCCUCCUGCACCACCCCAAGCCGCAGAACCCCUUCUACCUGGAGACGGGGACCAGCAGGACGGCCCUGCACGCCUCCCUGAUCCAAAUAGACGACCAAACCGGCAACAAAGUCUCCUGCGCUUUCUACUCGCGAAACAUCUCAGCCAUCGAGGUCAACUACUCUCAACUGGAGAUGAGGAUCCUCCCCAUUCGGGCUGCCUUCACGGUGUGGUGCCGCUACCUGGAGAACACCGAGGAGCCCAUCAUGAUCCUUCUCAACACAGAGGAUCUGGCCUCUCUGAAUAAUGACAGGCUCACCGUACUUCUCCCCGGCCAUUGGGUCUUCUUCUUCUCCCACUUCCACUUCGACGUCAUGCCGCGCCCCGCGCAAGACCAGGGCUGGCCCCGGCCGCCCGUGAGACACCUCGACCGGAGGGCUCUCCAGCUCUACACUGCCGCCCGGGCCAGGUCGCUUUUCGCGGCCGGAGGGUCCCCCUGGGGUCAGUCGCUAGACUCCGGGGAAGAAGAGGAGAGCGAAGACGCACCGGACCAGGACCAGCCACGCAGGCGGACCCGGCAGCAAGAGUUCCUGGCCCUGCUACCCAUCGACCAAAUACUCAACAGCUUCCUCGCCCACUUCAGCGUGGCCCAGAUCCGGGCCGUCGUCCUGCAUUUCUUCCGGGGCCUCCUGUUCUGGAAGGACACACUGGCCGUGGCGGCCCUCCUCGUGCUGCUGAAGCUGAAGCGCCGCCUCGCCCCGCGGCCCGCGGCCCCCCGGGGGAGUCCACUCGAGAAGGGCAAAACUUCCUUCAACUCAUCAACCAGCAACAUCAUCUCCGCCACCACCAACGGACUGUCCAACCGUCCCAGGCCUGCAGCUGGGAGUGAGAUCCACGAGGGGGAGAGCAGCGGCGCGCAGGUGACCCCAUGA